AUGAAAAAAAAUAAAGAAGCUGAGGCACGCAAAGCAUUUUUACAAUUAAAUGUUAAAGAAAAUGUUGAUACAUUCAUUGGUGAAUUGCGUGGAGAAAUUGAAGUUGCGAAAAAUCAACCAGUUUUUAAAUUUACACAAUUAUUUACACAAAAAGAUCUUCGAAUGGCAGUGCUUAUUGCUUGUCUAAUCCAAGUUUUACAACAAUUAUCCGGAAUUAAUGCGGUUAUAACAUAUUCAUCUCUUAUGUUAGAAUUAGCUGGUAUUCCUGAUAUGUACUUACAAUAUUGUGUCUUUGCUAUUGGAGUUCUCAAUGUUAUCGUAACUGUAGUCUCUCUUCCACUAAUCGAACGUGCUGGACGUCGUACUUUAUUAUUAUGGCCUACAGUAUCAUUAGCUUUAUCCUUGUUAUUACUUACAAUAUUUGUUAAUUUGGCAUAUUCUGGUCCGGUAGGUGCGAGAUCUGCUAUGGGUAUAAUAUCGAUCAUUUUGAUAUUAGUUUAUAUAUGCAGUUUUGCACUCGGCUUAGGUCCAGUACCUGCAUUAAUUGUAUCAGAAAUAUUUAGACAAGGUCCACGUGCUGCAGCUUAUUCACUUAGUCAAUCAAUUCAAUGGUUAUCAAAUCUAAUUGUGUUAUGUAGUUAUCCUGUUAUACAGAAAAACAUCGGUGGUUAUUCAUUUUUACCCUUCCUUGUGGUCGUUGUGAUUUGCUGGAUCUUCUUUUUCCUGUUUAUGCCAGAAACUAAAAAUCGGACAUUUGAUGACGUUGCAUGUGAUCUUGCAUUUGGAAGUAUUGUUGUAGGCAAACGUACUACAGCUUUAGAAGAUCGUAACCUUACUGUAUUCACGAAACAGGGUAAUAAUGACGGUCCAGCUUCUGAGUCAUUACUUUAUCCUCGAAGUGAUAAUGACAAAGGUAUGUAUGCAUAG